AUGGUGGGGUCUAUCAUGUAUCCGGUCUCAUGCACGCGUGUCGACAUGGCAUACGCAGCUAGCUAUCUUGGGCAACAAGUGCAGCAGCAAGGGGAGAGAAAAUGGAGAGAGAUGAGGAGGACUAUCGACUACCUACUGCAACAUGAAGAUGAGGGGCUGUUAUUUGAAGGAGGUGAAGAGACCUUGGAGUUAGUGGGGCUGCGCACAUACAAGACCUUCCGCAUCCCCCCUUCCACAUCCCCCCUUCCGCAUCCCCCCUUCCGCAUCCCCCCUUCCGCAUUCCCCCUUCCGCAUUCCCCCUUCCGCAUCCCCCCUUCCGCAUUCCCCCUUCCGCAUCCUCCUUCCCGCAUUCCCCUUUCCGCUUUCCCCCUUGCGCAUUCCCCCUUCCUCAUUUCCCCUUCCGCAUUCCACCUUCCUCUUUCCCCCUUCCGCAUUCCCCAAUCCGCAUUUCCCCUUCCGCAUUCCACGGUCCUCAUUCCCCCAUCCACAUUCCCCCCUCCGAAUCUCCCCUUGCACAUCCCCCCUUCCGCAUUCCCCCUCGAACAUUUCCCCUUCCCCAUCCCCCUUCCGCAAUCCCCCUUCCGCAUCCCACCUUCCGCGUCCGCCCUUCCGCAUUCCCCCUUCCGCAUUCCCCCUUCCGCAUUCCCCCUUCCGCAUUCCGCAUUCCCCCUUCCUCAUUCCCUCUUCCGCAAUCCACCAUCCGCGUUCCCCCUUCCGCAUUCCCCCUUCCUCAUUCCCUCUUCCGCAAUCCACCAUCCGCGUUCCCCCUUCCGCGUUCCCCCUUCCCCAUUCCCCCUACCGCAUUCCAGCCUCAAACUCACUCCCUCGUGCUUCUUGUCUGAUAGCCCCAUAUUUCCCUCCAUGCUAGCCCCAUUUUCCCCCCCAUGCCUCAUCAUGGCCCAUGUUUCCCCCCUGCAGGCCCCACGCUUCCCCCCUGCAGGCCCCAUGCCCCAUGUUUCCCCCCUGCAGGCCCCAUGCCCCAUGUUUCCCCCCUGCAGGCCCCACGUUUCCCACCUGCAAGACCCCUUUUUCCCCCAUGCCAGACCCCCUCAUGUUUCCAAGGCUGGGUGGCCCCAUGUUUCCCCCCUGCAGGCCCCAUGUUUCCCCCCUGCAGGCCCCAUGCCCCAUGUUUCCCCCCUGCAGGCCCCAUGUUUCCCCCCUGCAGGCCCCAUGUUUCCCCCCUGCAGGCCCCAUGCCCCAUUUUUCCCCCCUGCUGGCCCAUGUUUCCCCCCUGCAGGCCCCAUGCCCCAUGUUUCCCCCCUGCAGGCCCCAUGCUGGGUGGUGAGUGCAUCGCUGCUCGCAUCAGCAUGUGAAGUGCUCACAAGCAAAGGAACCUCUCAGCCCCAUAGUCUUAUUCACCUUCGCUUGUCACCUCCUCUUUUCCCUCCCGCCCCUCCCCUUCCAAGGCUGGGUGGUGAGUGCAUCGCUGCUCGCAGCGGCAUGUGA